AGCCACAACUGCACUGUCACCCUCUCUUCACGCAUCGAAUAUAUACGAAAGAGAGCCAUACCUGCAUUGUCACCCUCUCUUCUUCUACUCCGUCAGCCUAAACUCUCCGCUCCACCUCAGGUUAUCACUAUCGUCCUCGGUCAUGACUGAAGCGGAAGCCUUCGCCGUGCUCUCAUCGCAGGCUUACAUCGAUGGAGUAGCGGUGCGGGAAACAAGGGCAUUAGUCGCUGAUCUCUGUCGACAGUUCUACACACUCGGCUGGGUUUCCGGUACCGGUGGCAGUAUCACCAUCAGAGUUCACGACGACGCUAUUCCAAAGGCCCACCAGCUUAUCGUCAUGUCACCUUCAGGAGUGCAGAAAGAGAGGAUGGUAGCGGAUGAUAUGUACGUGCUCUCCGGCGAUGGUGAUUUUUUGUCGGUGCCUGCUACGAAGCCCUACCCUAAUAAACCUCCGAAGUGCUCUGAUUGCGCCCCACUUUUCAUGAAGGCUUAUCAAAUGCGCAAUGCUGGGGCUGUUAUUCAUAGCCAUGGGAUGGAAUCUUGUCUUGUAACAAUGAUCAAUCCCUUAUCAAAGGAAUUUCGAAUCACUCACAUGGAGAUGAUAAAAGGAAUUCAAGGACAUGGUUACUUUGAUGAGCUUGUGAUUCCAAUAAUAGAGAACACUGCUCAUGAGCGCGAGCUCACAAAAUCACUAAGUGAAGCUAUUUCAGCAUACCCGAAGGCAGCAGCAGUGCUUGUGCAAAAUCAUGGGAUAUAUGUCUGGGGAGAUUCUUGGAUUAGUGCCAAGACUCAGGCAGAAUGUUAUCAUUAUCUAUUUGAAGCUGCGAUCAAGCUCCAUCAAUUGGGUAUUGACUGGGCAAGCCCAAGUCACGGUCUUAUAAACAAUAAUGCAAAUAAAAUGGGUAUAAAUUUAGGUACUUCUGAUAUUUCUGAGAAAGCAGGACUUGCCAAUGGUAGUCAAGCUCCAGAAAAACUGAGGAAAUGCAUUGUACUUGAUAUUGAGGGUACAACUACACCAAUAUCCUUCGUUACUGAAGUACUUUUUCCUUAUGCUCAUGAUAAUGUGCGAAAACAUUUGAUGUCUACAUAUGAUAGUGAGGAAACUCAAGAUGACAUUAAGCUAUUGCGUGCACAAGUUCUGGAUGAUUUGGAUAAAGGAGUUCCAGGCUAUGUACCCAUUCUACCCUAUGGAGCUGGGAAAGAGCAAGUGAUUGAUUGCGUAGUAACCAAUGUUGAGGAAAUGAUAAAAGCUGACCGAAAACUUACAGCAUUGAAACAGUUGCAGGGACAUAUAUGGAGAACCGGCUUUGAAAAUAAGCAACUGCAAGGUGUUCUCUUUGAUGAUGUUCCUGAUGCUCUUAAAAGGUGGCACAGGAAUGGCAUCAAGGUUUACAUAUAUUCUAGUGGGAGUAGAGAGGCUCAGAGGCUUCUCUUUGGACAUUCAGAACAUGGGGACUUGAGAAAGUAUUUAUGUGGAUUUUUUGACACCACAACCGGAAACAAACGAGAAACAAGGAGUUAUUUUGAGAUAUCGCAGUCUGUCGGAGUAGAUGCACCCUCACAAAUCUUAUUUAUAACAGACGUUUACCAGGAAGCUGUUGCUGCAAAGGCUGCAGGCCUUGAUGUCAUCAUCUCCGUUCGUCCUGGAAACGCACCACUCCCAGAUUGUCAUGGAUUUGAGACUGUCACAUCCUUCGCAGACAUAUGAUCAAAUUGCAUUGGAACAGCAGGUUUCCGUCACUCUUCGCAUGUUUUGUUGUAAUGGAAUUCACUUGAGAAGACAGUCAUGAAGAGCAUUUUUCUUGGUUGUUGCGAAAUGUUAAACGGCAGAGAAAAGGAGAAAAAAAAAGGGAAAUUUAUAUACAGAUUACACAAUUCUUAUGUAUUUUACAUAUCAACCAACCAAAGUUUUAUAUUUACA